UUACGCUCACACAGGAUGCACCAACCGGCUUCGCUCUGCUCGCCCCGCUACGUUGUCCUAUUUUGGGGCGGCGUGCUGGUCACGUGUUGGGAAUCGAGCAGCAGGGUGGCGGCGGACGCCUCGGUAGCGGAGUGCGGGAGUGCGGACUGCCUGCCCGCAUGCCAGUGAAACAUGGAUCCAGGUAACAGUCAGCCAUUACUGGCCGGGUCUGGCGACCCCUGCCACUGCACCAUCUCCAAUAUGGAUGUGCAGGGUUACCGGCUUGUGCCUUGGCGCGUGUGGCUGUGCCGCGUGUUUGCCGUGCUGUCGGUGGGCCUCCUGCUCUUACUCUUCCACUGGCGCCCCCGUCUGGCCGUGCUAGCCCGCUGUAACCUCUGUCCUCUGGCCCUGGCUGAUACUCUACUCGUAAGGAAUGCCCAUGGGCAAAGCUUCAUUGUAGAGGUACAGAUACUGGAGAUGGAUGAUGGCAGUGCGGAACACCCGGCCAGUGAUGUUGAGGAAUUUGACUGGAGGGAUACAGUUCACCUUCACAACGAGCAGAAAUCAUCCCUUCGCUACUUUAUAUUUGAGGGGAUUCGUUACAUUUGGAUGGUGAAGAAGGGUGCCUUCUGUCCUGUAAGUGUCCUCAGUGAGGACUGGACUUCCUCUGACAUAUACCGCCAGCAGGGGGGGCUGAACCGCCACGAACAGAGCUCCAGGAGAAAGGUGUAUGGGCCAAACCUCAUAGAUGUUCCUGUGAAGUCCUGUGCUCGGCUGCUGGUGGAGGAGGUCCUCAAUCCCUUCUACCUGUUCCAGAUCUUCAGUAUCAUCUUAUGGAUGAGUGACAACUACUUCUACUAUGCAGGCUGCAUCCUUGUCAUCUCACUUAUUUCUAUAGCCAUCUCCCUCUAUGAAAUUCGUAAGGUGAGGAUGGAGCAGGAGCAAGUGCGAUCUUUCAUAUUUUCUUCUCAAACUCGCUCAUCUGUCUCCCUUUUACCGGCAGAGGAGGAGAGCGUGAGCUCUGUGGACCUGGUGCCUGGGGACUGUGUGCUGAUACCUCCAGAGGGCCUGCUCAUGCCCUGUGACGCCGCCCUGCUGGUUGGGGAGUGCAUGAUCAAUGAGAGCAUGCUCACUGGUGAAAGCGUGCCUGUGAUGAAAACUCCCCUUCCGUUCAGUGCAGGCACAUACAGUCCUGAAUCUCAGCGCAGACAUACCCUGUUCUGUGGUACACAAGUUAUCCAGGCCAGGGGGGGCCGCCAGGGGGGGAGAGGAGGUCUUGCUGUGGUCACACGCACAGGGUUUUUCACAGCUAAGGGUGACCUGAUCAGCUCCAUACUUUUCCCUCAGCCAAUAAACUUCCGCUUCUACCAAGAUUCCAUGAAGUUCCUGCUCAUCCUUGGCGCACUGGCUCUGAUAGGCACAAUCUACAGCAUCGUGAUCCUACGCAUGAGCAUGACUCCCUGGGUGGAGCUGGUGGUCCGGGCCCUGGACAUCGUCACCAUCGUGGUGCCACCCGCUCUGCCUGCUGCCAUGACGACAGGCACCAUCUACGCACAGCAACGCCUCAAGCGUCACGGCGUGUUCUGCAUCAGUCCACCCCGUAUCAAUAUCUGUGGCAAGAUAUCGCUCUGCUGCUUUGAUAAGACAGGCACGCUGACGGAGGACGGUCUUGACGUGUGGGGUGUCCUGGAGGGUGGUAGGGAAGGCUUUGCAGAGCUCGUGCCAGACCCCCGCAUGCUGCCACAGGGUCCCAUGCUCUUGGCCAUGGCGUCCUGCCACUCCGUGGCACUGCUGGGGCCCCAGUCAUUCGGAGACCCCCUGGAGCUCAAGAUGAUCGAGUCCACAGGAUGGGAACUGGAGGAGCCCGUGGAGGAUGGAGAAACCGCCGAGAUUGUGGGGGAGUUUGGGAGCUUUCGUGUCCUGGCAGUGAUGAGACCACCGGCAUCCGAGCUGCAGCCUCAUGGCAUUUCCAUCAGUGAGCCAGUGGCUAUCCUGCGGAGAUUCCCAUUCUCAUCCACCCUACAGAGGAUGAGUGUGGUUACUGUGGGGCUGGGAGGACACGGUGCCCUCGCUUUCCUCAAAGGAGCUCCUGAAAUGGUGGCCAGCCUUUGCCUGAAGGAGAGCGUACCUGCUACAUUUCCUGACACUUUGAGUCAUUUCACAAAUGAUGGGUUCAGGGUGCUGGCUCUGGCUUAUAAACCACUUGAUGAAAAGCUGUGCUUGAAGACCAUUGAGAGGGAAGCUGUAGAAAGCUCAAUGAAGUUCUUGGGUCUGCUGGUGAUGAAGAACGUGGUGAAGCCGGAAACGCCAGGUGUCAUCACCAUUCUGAGGAACGCCCAGCUCCGAACUGUCAUGGUCACAGGUGACAACAUCCUGACUGCUGUGAAUGUGGCCCGGACUUGUGGCAUGGUACCAUCAGAUGACAGAGUCAUUUUUGUACAAGCCAACCCCCCUGGUGCCAGUUCACUGGCAACGCUACGAUUUCACAUGGGAGAAAACAGCACUGGGACUCUGCAAGUAGGCUGUGCGCAGAGUCUCUACCAAGGAAGUUCCGGGUAUCACCUGGCCAUCAAUGGCAAGUCUUUCUCUGCCCUUUGUGACCACUUUCCUGAACACCUACCCAAGGUGCUGAUGAGAGGCACGGUUUAUGCUCGUAUGUCUCCAGAGCAGAAGACUCGGCUGGUCACUGAGCUGCAGAAACUCAAUUACUGUGUGGGAAUGUGCGGGGACGGAGCCAAUGACUGCGGGGCCUUGAAGGCGGCCGACGCGGGGGUGUCCCUGUCCCAGGCAGAGGCGUCCAUCGCCUCCCCCUUCACGUCCAGCUCUGACAGCAUCAGCUGUGUGCCGCUGCUCAUUAGGGAAGGAAGAUGUUCUUUGGUGACGUCUUUCAGUCUCUUCAAGUACAUGGCAAUCUAUAGUCUGAUCCAGUUCUCCUCUGUCCUCAUCCUCUACACUGUGAAGACCAACCUCGGCGACCUGCAGUUCCUGUUCUUUGACCUGGUGCUGGUCACAUCAUUGGCCAUUGUGAUGGGGAUGGGGGGGCCCAGUGCGGAGCUCUACCCCCGGCGCCCCCCCGCCAGCCUGCUCAGCGUGCCGGUUCUGUGUAGCCUGCUGGUGCACUUUGUGCUUCUGGUGCUGAUUCAGGUGUCUGCCCUUCUCAUCACCAGGACUCAAAGCUGGUAUAUUCCACUCAACUCGACUGUAACUGGGGCAGCCAACCUGCCCAACUUUGAGGACACCAGUGUGUUUGCCCUGUCUGGCUUUCAGUACAUCAUUAUGGCUGUGGUACUAACCAAAGGGUAUCCAUAUAAGAAAGCUCUCUAUGCUAAUGUGCUGUUCGUGUUUCUCCUGCUGCUCUUCUUUGGUGCCAUGAGCUGGCUGGUCUUGUAUCCAGUGCCCUUCCUGCGAAGGCUGUUCAAGCUGAGCGAAGUCACGGACAUGAACUAUAAGCUUUUGUUAGUAGCUCUGGCCGCGCUCAACUUGUUCACCUGUUACCUGUUGGAGAUUGGCAUUGACAAGGGUGCACUGGACUGCUUACGAAGAUUAAGGCGGAAGAAGGAGUCCAGAAAACUGUACAAGCGUUUGGAAACCUUCCUGUCAGAUGUGCUCUCCUGGCCCCCGCUUGAUCAGACCCUGACGCCUACACAGUGCUCUGUGAUUGGCUUAAGUUAGCAUCACUGAUCCCAGUCCUUGACAGGAGAACCAAGGAUUUUGUUGCCAAAAUCUGAGCAGUACUUUGGCCUUCUGCUUGGGCUGUCACCUAUAUGUUUUUAAUCUAUCACAUUAAAUGUUUAUUUUCUCAUCAUAA